UAACGCUCGACCGCCCCGCUGCCUACUCGGCUGUGUGUGCUGCCGCUCCUCUCUAUCUCCCGCUGCCGCUAGCUUGAUUGAUUAGCUAGCCUCCUCCACUUAGCUCCAAUUCCACCUUUCCCACCGCGGAUCGAGCGCGAAGCAUCUUGGCAUCUCGCCGUCUACUCUUCCACCAGUCCACUCUUACGCGCUAAGCAACCGACCGGCCCUAGCUCCGAAGCCGGAGCAGCGGGGGGGUUCGGGGCGCGAUGUCGUCGCCGACGGCCGCGCCGGCGCCGACCACGCCGUCGGCCCCGCCGGCCAACAACGGCACCACCCCGCCGCCGGCGACCCCGUCCGCGCCACCGCCGUCCACCCCGGCAGCGCCCACCCCGCCGGCCCCCGCCGCGCCGUCCCCGCCUGCCCCCUCCGCGCCGCCGCCCUCCUCCCCCUCCGUCCCGGCCCCCUCCACCCCCGCCGCGUCCCCGCCCGCGCCGUCCUCCUCCACCCCGGCCACGCCAUCCGCGCCGUCCCCCUCCUCGCCAGGGACUCCCUCCACGCCGUCCCCGCCCUCGGACACGCCGUCGCCGCCCUCGUCCGGGGGAGGAGGGAAUAGGUCCCCGUCCCCGCCGUCGUCCGGGGGAAGCGGGGGCAGGUCCCCGUCCGGCCACUCCCCGCCCAAGUCCCACAACUCGGGCGGCGGCGGCGGCGGCGGCGGCUCCGGGCCGUCCACGUCGCUCGUGGUGGGCGUCGCCGUCGGGGGGUUCGUCCUGCUCCUGCUCGCCAGCUUCAUCUGCCUCUGCUGCCUACGCAAGAAGCGCCGCCGUGCCCCGCAGCCACCGCCGCACUACGUGUACCCGCCGCCGCAUCAGCCGCCGUACAAGGAGGAUCCAUAUGGUGGAACAUACCACCAGAGUUGGCAGCAGCAAAAUGCGCCUCCUCCACCUCCUGAGCAUGUGGUCAAGAUGCACCCUUCACCUCCGCCAGCAUAUGCCAACCGUCCUCCACAGGCACCGCCACCGCCUCCACCAGCGAUGUUAAACAGUAGUGGUGGGUCGGGUUCUAAUUACUCUGGUGGCGAGAUCCUACCUCCACCAUCCCCUGGCACUGCCCUUGGCUUCUCAAAGAGCACAUUCACGUACGAAGAGUUGGUAAGGGCAACUGAUGGAUUCUCUGAUGCCAAUCUCCUCGGACAAGGUGGUUUUGGCUACGUUCACAGAGGACUGCUGCCUAAUGGCAAGGAGAUCGCUGUAAAGCAAUUGAAACUUGGAAGUGGCCAGGGAGAGCGUGAGUUCCAGGCUGAGGUUGAGAUUAUCAGCCGAGUACAUCACAAACAUCUCGUGUCUUUGGUUGGUUAUUGCAUUUCUGGAGGCAAGAGGUUGCUUGUCUAUGAGUUUGUCCCCAACAACACAUUGGAAUUCCACUUACAUGGGAAAGAUCGACCCACAAUGGAGUGGCCCACUAGAUUAAAAAUCGCUCUGGGUGCUGCCAAGGGUUUAGCGUAUCUUCAUGAAGACUGCCAUCCGAAGAUCAUCCACCGUGAUAUAAAGUCAUCAAACAUACUUCUUGACUUCAAAUUUGAAGCUAAGGUUGCAGAUUUUGGACUUGCGAAGUUUACCAGUGAUAACAACACCCAUGUUUCAACGAGGGUAAUGGGCACUUUCGGGUAUUUGGCACCUGAGUAUGCGUCCUCUGGAAAGCUCACAGAAAAAUCAGAUGUAUUUUCUUUUGGAGUCAUGCUUCUUGAGCUAAUAACUGGGCGGCGACCAGUCGACACAACCCAAACAUAUAUGGAUGACAGCUUGGUUGACUGGGCAAGGCCGUUACUGAUGCGAGCACUUGAGGAUGGUGAUUAUGAUGAAUUGGUGGAUCCUCGGCUUGGAAAGGACUUCAGUCCUAAUGAGAUUGCAAGAAUGAUAGCCUGUGCUGCUGCAUGUGUACGCCAUUCUGCACGUCGUCGCCCGCGCAUGAGUCAGGUUGUUCGGGCUUUGGAAGGCGACGUGUCGUUGGAGGAUCUCAAUGAAGGUGUCCGACCUGGUCAUAGCCGCUUCUUCGGGUCGUACAGCAGCUCCGACUAUGAUUCUGGCCAGUACAACGAGGACAUGAAGAAGUUCAGGAAGAUGGCGUUCAACAACAACAACUACACCAGCAGCCAAUACAGCGCGCCGACCAGCGAGUACGGCCAGAUACCGUCCGCGUCGAGCAGCGAGGGCCAGCAGACGCAGGAGAUGGAGUCGGGCGCGAUGAAGAAGAGCGGCUACAGCUCGGGAUACAGCGGAGCAUCGUGAGGGAAUUCCCUUCCUCUUUCUUUCUUUUUGUUUUCUUAUGACGUCUUCAUUGCUUGCAAUUUGUAAAGUCUGGCUGAGUUAUAUAACCAAAGUUGCUGACUUGCGUGUGGUGUACCCGAGUUUGACCCGAGUAUAGCUUCUGGUUAGCUGGAAUCGUUGAUUCUUUCAUAAGUGUCCAUGUUUUGCUGUGCAAUUGAAAGAGAGCCAAUUGACUGUUGAUAAUAAUACCCUGUGGCAUGGCUUCACUCCUC